CUGCCAUCUUUACAUUUAAAUUUAAAUGAAAUCACAUAAUGUAUAAACUAAAAUAAGACAUGUUAUGCCCAAAAAUACAUUAGUAUACAAAAAAAUGAAAUUAAUUGUUUUAAUAUUUCAUUAAAUUGGCAUUACUUCAAGAUAAAUCUAGCUUCCAGGAAGGUUGGAUUAAAAGUUCUUGCUACAAAUGCUGACUAACUUUUGCAGAAAUUCCAGCAAAAGGACUGCAUGUAGUGGUAUUCUUGUAAUUUUAUAAAGAUUUUGAAUGUUGUCUUAUUUUCUUUCUCUUAAAAAGUAUUUCAUUGCAGAGAAUCUCUUCUAUUUUCUGCAGGAUGCUGGGGUCAGCUAGAGUCAGUGUGUAUGUCAACAUGAAGCUCUAGGGCUGGCAAUCAGCUAAUGCUAGUUCUGGGCUUUUACUGCUGUGAUUUCUGAGGUUACAAAGUCACAAAUAUGUGAGAGAAAGAGAACUUAUCAUUUUGAAACAAUUGCUGUACAUAUUCAUUAUAACAUGACUUUAGUGUAGAUUAAAAUGUAAUUGUUGAGCUUUAUGUCUUGUAUACCUAUAAACUUUUUAGUAGAGUGAUUCCCAUAAUCAAGGGGUGAAAUUUUACUUACAGUAUAGCUGGUCAAAAACAUAGUUAAAUAAUCAUAACAUUUUUCAUAUCAACUCUUGACCCACUCUUCUCACUUGCCCAAAAUCGAACAUGAUAAAGAACCAUAAUUAUACAUUGUGUCCAAAUUGGAAUCAGACUGCUUCAGAUAUGUGCAUGCUACUGAAUAAACAACAAACUGCUGAAAAUAUGUAGGGCUUACAUUAACCCUUAGCCUGCUGCAGGAAAAUUUAACAGCCUUUGCAAACAGCUUGGAACCAGAUCAGACGCCGAUUAAAUCGGCGUCUGAUCAGGUUCCAAGCUGUUUGCUACUCUGACAAUAUUUCUUCCAAUUUUGGAGCAAAUUGAAUGAACUUAACAAUUUUAGCAGACGACAUUUCCAGCAGACGACAAUUUACCUAGCAUGCUAAAGGUUAAAAUCUAGUGAUAAUUAAGAACUGUACCAACAAUACCAAAUGUACAAAUCACACAUCAAUGUCCUUGUAAGUUUUAUUGCCUUUUUAACUAGUUGCUGAUUUAAAGUGAUUUUCAUUUAAGCAGAAAGAUUUAAGAUGUGUCAAUCCUUUCAAACAAAAAUGAUUUUUGAUAAACACACAGUUACACAUAAAUUUAUCAAGUGAGUUGGGUUUUACAGCGAAUCAACACAAUAUGGUCAUAUAUUGCAAAGCAAUCAUUUUCCAGAAUGGCAAUAUUAUACAAACAGAUAUGGAACAAUAAUAAAUUUUCAUUGAAAAAGAUUCGUAUAGUAAGAAAAUCCUACAGAAAUAGAGACAGAUAUGUAAAGGUAUAUCUAUAAUUGAACAGGUAGUAUACUAUAGAAGUUUGUUAUACACUGAACACAUACCUGCUCAGUAACUAUCUGUUAAAUCUGUGAUAGCUCUCAUCUCCUCUACUUACAACAGUACGACUUCAUCAAAUUGGAUUUUAUAAAAUAUUGGAUAUUAACAACAUAAAAUGUUGACCAAAAAAAAAAAAAAUAAAAUAAAAUAUAAAGAGAUGGAAUUAAAAACAGGAGUAAAAUAAGUUUUUUUCCAUUUCUGUUCUAUUAUGACAAGACCGCGAUCAUUUUUGGCAUUGGAAAUUUACUGUUCUUGUUCUGAAAUAAUUUCCCCGAUUUCGUUAUUGGAUAACACUUAAUGGUUAGAGAGAGACGAAUAAUUCCUUUUUCAUCAGUAUUGUAUCUAUUCUAUGCACAAUCAUUUAUAUUUGGAGAGUAAUACAACAUUGUAAAGAUAUGAAUGAACACUCCUGACAUUCAACUGAAGCUGUGAUGAUCGCUAAAUUGGACUUCACCAAAGAAACCCUUUGACAAUCUAAUCAAAUAUCACAUCCUACACUCACAGGAAUUGAAUUAAUCGUAUGAAAAACCUGAAAAUAUUCAAUAAAACAUGCAAAAAUGGCAUCCAUUCAAGGCCGGAUCUUUCAGUGCGUUAUUAUUUACGCAAAAACAAAUGAUGUAACGGAAUAACAUCGACGUCAGCUGUUGCCAUAAGAAAGUGAAAAAACAGUAUUAUUUGCGUUAAUACAAACUAUUCCAGUGAUUGGAUUUACAAGUUUUAACGGUGUGUGUUGUAUACAUACGUUUGUGUUAAAGGAAAUGAAUGCUCGACAAGACCCAUGUGGAAUACCACGGAUAGUACCGUAUCCAACAAAAGUAACAUUUCUGGCACUGGCGUCUUGGACCAGCAGUAUCACUGGGAAGUUCUAGUGUUACUGCCGAUCAUGUUGUUUGGAAUAACAGGAAAUAUUCUCGUGUGUAUGGCAGUAUCUAUGGAGAAAAGAUUACAAAGUGUGACCAACUAUUUCCUCUUGUCACUGGCUAUCACUGACCUUUUGGUCUCCGUAAUAGUCAUGCCACUUAGUAUUGUUCAUCAAUUUUUUGGUUACUGGCCAUUUGACUAUAUCAUCUGCGACCUGUACGUGACAAGCGAUGUGCUAAUGUGUACGUCUUCAAUACUUCAUCUAUGCACAAUAUCGGUUGAGCGUUACCUUGCUAUAAGUUCACCUCUCUCUGUACGAAACAAGUCAAAAGGUGUUGUUCUUACAAAAAUUGUUCUAGUCUGGAUUCUGUCAUCGAUGAUCACCAGUCCGAUCACUUUUCUUGGAUUUAUAGAUCAAAAAAAUGUUUUAAACAGUCAUCAAUGUGCAUUAACAAAUGAAGAAUUUAUAAUAUAUGGAUCAAUCGGAGCAUUUUUCAUUCCUCUAUCAAUAAUGGUGACUACUUAUGGAUUAACUAUACGACUUCUGCGAAAGCAAGCCUCUAUGUGCGGCCAAGGCAAGGAUAAUGAAGGACAACCAAUGAUACGCCGUUCAACUAGUAGAAAACCAAUCAAAUUCAGACAGAGAGUAAAAUUUGAACCAAGACGGACCAAAAGUUGCCCGCAUAAAAAUUGUAAUUAUCCAGAACAUUGUCGAACGCGUAGUGUUAAAUCAGUGGGCAAUGGAGUUGAAAAGAGCCUUCCAGAAAUCCAGAUCACCCCACCUCCAUCGCCAAUGUACACUAAAAACCCUGAGCCAGAAUUUGACACAAUCAUAGAAGAAAAUCACAAUGGUGUAAACUGGAGAAAAAAUAGUCUUAGUCUUUCUACUACAACCUGUAGCACAAUCAGUAAUGAUUCUCCGAAACGUCUAAAAAGUUUAGUCUCAAAGCAUCAAAGUGCUCUCAAAGCUGCCAGUAUUCUUUUGCGAAAAGACAAGGAUGAUACGUCGGGGAAUCGAUCUCCUCGACAUGACCAAGAUGAUGUUAACACGGAACAGAGGGCAUCCAAAGUUCUUGGAGUUGUCUUCGCGAUAUUUGUGAUAUGCUGGGCACCAUUUUUUGUUGUAAACAUUAUGACAGUGUUAUGUAAGGAAUGCAACUUUCAACCAUUGUUAUUCACUGCCUUUGUGUGGUUAGGUUAUAUCUCCAGUACGUUAAACCCCAUUAUUUACACAAUGUUCAAUAAAACGUUCAAAAUGACAUUCAUCAAACUGUUAAAGUGCCAAUAUAAGACUAUACAGAAGUCACUGCGGGUACGAUGGCACAGUCGAAAUGGGUAUCAAUCCACUUUCCGGACUCAAUCUUACUAUAUGUCAGACAAUAAAGCUGAGUCACAGCUCUAAUCAAUGGGUACCAGUCUAAUUUUUGGACUCAAUCUUUCUAUAUGUCAGAUAGUAAAGCCGAGUCACAGCUCUAAUCAAGGGGUACCAAUCUAAUUUCCGGACUCAAUUUUACUAUAUGUCAGACAGUAAUGGCAAGUUACAAUUUCAAACAAUGGGUACCAGUCUGCUUUCCCAACUAAUUUUCAGAUGGUAAUGCCAAGUCACAGCUCUAAUAAAUAGGUACAAAUCCACUUUCAGGACUCAGUGACAGUCAAUAAAGCCAAGAUAGAGCUCUAAUCAAUGGGCACCUGUCAAUUUUCCGUACUCACUCUUUCUAAAUGGCAGACAGUAAAGCCGAGUCACAAAAUACAAUCAAUGAGUACUUAUCCACUUUCAGUACUUAUGGAUGGUAAUGCCAAGUCACAGCUCUAAUCAAUAGGUACAUUUUAAUCAACUUUCAGGACUCACUGACAGACAUUAAAACUGAAAUACAGCUCUAAUCAAUGGGUACCAAUUCGCUAUUACCUUGAGAUAAAUGUUAAAGCCAAGUCAAAUUCAUGAACAGUUCAUGAAUUUUUCCACAGGGUUCCAGGUUAAAUAAAAUAGAAAGUAACUGAACUCUUUUUAGCAAUUCAUAUUCAAACAUUCUAAAAUGUUUGAAAAGCCCUUUGAACAUAACACUUUUAUAUCUAUUAUUACUAUCAGAUCCUGUCAUGUUUACAUUUACAAAACACAUUGAAUAAAAUAUUUAAUAUUUUGCAAAACCAUCCUCUUCAACAUGUCUUACAUCUUGAUUAAAGUUAUGCACAUUUUAAAUUCAAUAAAGGUAAUGGAACAUGACUAUUUUUCACUUCAAAGACUAACAAUCAUGUUGAAUAUUAUCUCAGAUUUGAGCCUAAAAUUUUGAAGGAAAAAUGUGAUCAAAUUUACCUCCAUGAGCAAACGACCCUUACAUACAACAUGUUCUAUAGUGAGGUACACUAUCUGUACUGGAUCACAGACAGCUAAGGGCCAAUUCGUUUCACUUUUGCGGCGUACGCUGUUUGGCCGCGUCCAACCGGCUAGGCAUUCUUCCUGGCACUGCCCGGGUCUAUCCGGCAUACGCCGAUUUGCGCCGGUCUUGCGAGAUAGGCAAAGCGGCAAAUCAUAUAUUUUCGCGAUAUAAAAUCGGAUAAACAUUUGUGAAUUUGGGUUAGUACCAGUAGAUGUAGAAACAUACUGCAAGAACUAUUUGCUAACUUAUUUGGAACAUGCCACAAGUGUAAAUCAUAAUAAAUUUCCAAUUUAUUUUUUUUGUAUUUGCAACUCACGUGGCCGGCGAACACCGAAAUGUUCGUUUGUCAAUAAACCGGCGAGAUUUUUUUUUCUUGCCGCCCACGUGACCGGCGUGCCCCGGGUUGAGUGAAACGAAUUGGCCCUAAGUUGACAUGACCUUUUAAAUUCAUACUGAUACUGUCUUUUGUUUCGACUGGUUAUAAAGAUUAAACAUUUAUUUUCAUUAUUUUUUUUAUAAUAUCUAUUGGCAAUUACCAGGAGGGCCUAUGUAUCACCUCAUGUCAUUUUAUGUUUGAGACACAUAUUUACAUUGGAUAUAGAUAGAAUAUAUGACCCUGCCAUGGGAAAACCAACAUAGUGGCUUUGCGACCAGCAUGGAUUCAGACCAGCCUGCGCAUCCGCGCAGUCUGGUCAGGAUCCAUGCUGUUCACUUUCAAAGCCUAUUGCUAUUAGAGAAACUGUUAGCUUUCUGUUGGUUUUCCCAUGGCACGGCUCAUAUUAUAAUGGUUCUGGAAGAAACAACAAAAGAAACUAUGGCAAUUUACUAACCAGCGUUUUUUUCCUUAAAACAUUAGCAGCAUAGACAAUACAGUUUAAUUUUGUUGUUACUGGGUUUAACCUCACACCUAAACAAAUAUAGAUUGAAGAUUUUUUUACAACAAAUGACCGUGAUUGUAGUUUUACAUACAUAGUUAGUAAUCUUUAACCAAUUUAAGUAUAUUUGAAGAGAAUUUCCUAGAUUCAAAUAAAUAUCUAAUGAUAAAAUAUUUCCGUGAAAGCAUUAAUGUUGCAAUCUGCUUUUAAUUUUUCAUAUUUAUGAUUACUCCCCAUUGUUGCCAUGUUUCAAUAUAAGACAGAAGAAAUGUUUUAGAAUUCUGAUUCACUGUAAAUUAACUGACGGUGUAACAAUAGAUAAAUUAAGCUCUUGGCAUUUAACAUUUUGUGUUCAUAUGUAAGUGUUUUACAUGCCUUAAAAUAUUUAUACAUUAUUUUACCAUUUUGUACAUAUUGUAACUAUCAUGAAAAUGCAAUAAACUAUGAAUAAACA